UACCUGCAGGACGAAGGCAUCAGCUUCACGCUGCUGGAGUCCACGCGGUACGUGGGCGGCACGUGGCGGUAUGACCCCAGGGUCGGCACCGACGAGAACGGCCUGCCCCUUCACACCAGCAUGUACAAAAGUUUAAGAACAAAUCUCCCUAAACCUACCAUGGAACUAAAAGAUUUCCCACUGCCAGAGGAUGCGCCUUCGUUCAUGACAUGGGAAACCGUCUACAAGUACAUUCAAGGUUACGUUAAGCACUUAGAAAAACACAUCAAGUUCCUACACAAUGUGAUAUUGGUGUCCCGAGAGCAAAACGCGUGGAAAGUGAAAUACCAAAACGUAAUUACGGGCGAAAGAUUCGAAGAAGAGUUUGAUUUCGUUUUCAUCGGUACGGGGCAUUUCAACAAACCUAAUUAUCCUGACAUCCCUGAGGAAGAACUCUUUACUGGUACAAUCAUCCACAGUCACGAUUACAAAGAGAGAGAUCGCUACAAAGACCGGCGGGUCCUCAUAGUUGGAGCCGGUCCUUCAGGCUUGGACAUAGCCAUCAAUGUAGUAAACGUUGCCAAGACUUUAGUACAUAGCCACCACUUCCGAGCUCCCUUAAAGACGGUCUUCCCUGAAAAUUAUAUAAGGAAACCGGAUAUCAAGGAGUUUAGUGCCACUGGUGUUGUGUUUGAGGAUGGGAGUUAUGAAGACAUUGACGAUGUUAUUUAUUGUACUGGCUACCAAUAUUAUUACCCGUUCCUGGAUAAAAGUUGUGGCGUAGAGUGGAAUCAAGAAUGCGUGAAGCCGUUACACAAAUGUAUAGUGAACAUCAACCAGCCCACUAUGCUGUUCCUAGGGUGUAUCUCACGCGCCUGUCUGUUCCUAGCCUUGGAUGCUCAGGUACGGCAAGAUAUGCUGCGGCGUUAGUUAAAGGUGACUUCAAACUGCCUUCUAAGGAGAAAAUGUUGGAGGAUUGGAGCAUGCAAGUUGAGACUAUCCAGUCGAAAGGACGACCAAUGUCCGACUUACACGUCUUAGGUGAUGAUG